AUGUCUUGUAAAGAUAGUAGUUCGACAAUAGUAGAGGAAUUUGGUUGUGAUGAAAACAAAACGAUCAAAAUCCAAAAUAAAACAACAACAAGUAAACCCAACAAAUCAAAAAGAAAACCUAUAAGAAGAGGAUACUCUUCACCCCUAAUUCGUGACCUAUUAAGCGAGUCAAACAUCAGAGUUAAUUUAAAAGAUACUCUACAGUCAUCACCACCAUUAGCCUUACCAAACAAUGAUUUCUAUUCGAAGAUGCUUAAUGAAAACAAUACUAAAGAAUCUGAUAACUUGACAACAAAAAAUAAUAUUAAUCAACCAUCAAAAAAAACAAUCUUAAAAACUACACCACAUUCACCUGUAUUUCUAAAAGAUCAUUCACCAAAACCAACAACAGAAAAUCAGUCUAAACUUCAAUCUAAUAUUAAUAACGAUAAUCAUAAUAGUGAUGUUCAAUUGUUAAUGCAAUACAUGUCAUUAUUAGAUGAUAAACAACUUAAACAAUUAGAAUGUUUUAUAGAUAAACUUUAUAUAGGUAACCAGACUACAUUAGAUUUAGAAACCUACAGUCAUACCAACAAAAUAGAUUACUAUUGUUUAAUACAACAACAACAACAACAAAUAUCGAAUAUAGAUUCAAAGACAACAUUCUCACCACAACAAACUAAAAUAAUAUCAGAAGAUGAAAUUGAUAAAUUGUUAAGUCAAAAUAUUAUUCAAUCUUUAAAUAGUAAUUCUCCCAUUAUUCAUUCAACUACAAGAGUAGCGAGCUUUGCAAAGUCAGCUCAAGAUCAAUCAAAGAAUAAACAUUGUCGUGCUACUAGAACGUCAUCAUUGCCACCAUUACCACCAAACAUCCUGAAAUCGAAUCGAACGGAAAAGGAAAAGAACAACAACAGCUACAUCAAUUUGCAAAAAGAUGAAUUGUUAGAACCACUCCUUUCAUUGCAUACCAAUAGCUUUGGUCAUAUCAACCUUCAUCUUUCCAAUCUAAAUUCCACUAUCAGACCCCAGAUAUAA